AUGUUUCAUUGUGAUUGCAAACUUUUGCUCAAUGCGACUAGAAAACCGUACCAAUAAAAUGAAAUCAAUUUUGUACAUAAUCAUUAUAUGUUUCAAGGUACAAUGGUACAUGCUUUGUACCAAUUAAUUAGUCUCUCUUUCCCUAUGAUGCAGAAAAAUACAGAACUAUUAAGCCACGCUUGGUGACUUAGGAUUGAAUUUUAUCGGAGAAUUCAUUAUAUCUUGAAGGAAGAAAUGGACGUCAACUCUAAAUUUUGUUUAAGUUGGAGGUAGAAGAUGAAUUAGUUAUCAAGAAAGCCUAGACCUACCAUUUUGUAGAGAACUAGAAGAGAGAGCUAGUUUUUUUAUGACUAUCCCAUCUAUUUCAUUUAUCGUGGACAAAACUAUUACUUUAACGUACAUUGAACCAAAUGAGUUUUCCAACACAAUCCAAUCCUAGGCACCAAACAUGGCUUUAUAUUAAUGAGUUAGGAUUAGGGCAUGUAUGUAAUAGGAUGCCUUUCAAUGUAACUAAAAGUUAAAACAAAACCAACAGAAUGAUGGUGGUUUCUGCCUCCUUACAACCGAGUUCGAUCUCCAUCCUUCACAUUAAAGUAGUUUUGAACAUCGCGUUAUCCAAAUUGCAAAAAUCAAAUAAUUUAUUUUUUAAUUUUUACCUUUGGGGAGAAAUAGAACAAGUGAAAGCCACUAACACUACCCACACCAAUUAUUACCUCCCACAUAUCCUUAUUAAUUUAUGCCCGUGAUCUUCUUCAAGUACUCGAUCCGACGGCCUAAAAUUGAGAGGGAUGUGUGAAAAUUAAGAAGGCAUGCAUGGAUAGCAUUACCCUAAAUCUAUUAUCUAUUUGUGAAUUGGUCAAAAAGAUAAGAAGAGUUUCCUUCUUAACCUAAGUUACCAUUUACUUGCCAGAGAAGUGGUUUUAUACUUCCAUCCCGCCAAUCACUCUUAUCUCGCACUCUUUCUUGCUCGUCAAGCAUCCAAAAUAUUUUACACACCCAAUAAUCUUAUACGCACGCACGCAUUACAAAUCAUUGAAUCAGAGAGAGAGAGAGAGAGAAAGGGAGGAGAGAGGGAGAGAGGGAGAAGAAUGUUUCCAUUGUUUAAGCUUGGAACACUAGCCGUACGAACUAUUUCGAAACCCAUCGCGAAUAGGCUCAAAGCCGAGGCCGGCUUGCACCCGCGGUUCCGCGAGUACAUCAUCAGCCUCGCCCAGGCGAACUAUCGUUUCACAACGAAUCUCCAAAGACGUCUAUAUGGACGCGCAACGGAUGUUGUGAUCCGUCCUCUGGAUGAAGCAAAAGCUGUUGGAGCUGCUGCUGAGUUUCUUGGGGAACUUGUUAUUUUCUCGGUUGCAGGACUCGCUGUUAUCUAUGAGGUGAACAGAAGUGCUAGAUCAGAAGCUAGGAAGGAGGAACAGCGCAAGCAAGAAAUAGAGGUAAGCCACAAGCCUUUCUUUACUUUUUUGGAGGGAGGCUUUUGUUCUUGGAUUCAGUUCGCGAUUUCUUGAAAGGAACGUAUAUGUAAUGCCACAAAAAGAGGAAAAAUCUGAGUACCAAGUAUAAUAGAGGCAGUUCCAAUGGGUUUAGAGGUGCUAGGCGAACUAUAGUUAGAGUUUUACUUGUAAACCGCGCGUUUUUCUUAAUGUGACGUCUUUCUGCAACAUGAAGUUGAAGAACGUAAGUCCUGCUCGCCUUGCCUUUGGGUCGGCCCUAAGCCUUAAGUAGUUUGCGGUUGAACAAGAGCUGUCGAAAACUACUAAAAGACGACCCCUUAGGAUUUAGCCGUUUAAUUUCAUGUGAUCAUCAACUUUUUAAUAAAAAUCUUCCCUACUUAGUGAAAUUUAAAGCACAAGUUGCAGGCUUGCAGCUGUUGUCUGAGUCAACAUUCAACCGCAGGGAAGUGAU